AUGUACAUGUAAGUGCCUUCUCCUCCUCCGCCCACGCGUUCUCAAUUUCAGCUCUUCCAGAUUGCUCGGAACUCUCUCUAUCAUCCAAAUCCUGCUACUGUCCUACACGUACUGGGCCUCCGAACAGAGCCACGACGCGAGUGUCAGGUGAGGUAAAGGGAAACGGCGAAUGGGGGCAACGCCUUGCCGGGUGUCUCUCGUCCCCUCCCGCUGUCCCUCGUAUCACGGGCAGCUGAGUCGGUCAGAAUCGAGGCCCGUAUAGCUCAGUGGCAGAGCGUCUGUCUCGUAAACAGAAGGUCGGCGGUUCAAUCCCGCCUGGGGGCAGCCGUUUUGGGAUUUUUUUCAUCGAUUGCCUUCAGAGACACGGUCAGUUUCGUGCUACUCGUCCACUUGGGAGCGUCGAUGGCAUUGGCAUUGAUGUCGAUGCGAAAAAGGGCGUUGGUGACGCCAAACAUGAUCGGACUGUCGCUGUACACUCUGGCAGGUGUGUCCGACGAUCAGAGACAGAUAACGAAUUGAAAUAUUGUUUUGCAGGUUCCCUAUCGCUCGGGCUUAUCAGCCAGACGCACGAGGACCCCGACGCCGAGCAUCUGGCAAAGUGCUCGGUCGGACUGCUUGUCUGCGGUAUCCUUUCGUUUGGGACCUGCUGGUGGACGGUCUACAAGAGCGAUUCUAGAAAUGUUUCGAUGUAA